AUGUACUGGCCAUUGAAUGCGCCGAGAGUAUAUGCAGCAAAUAAGAAACGAAAGAAGCUCCAAGAAACAGUCGUUGAAGAAAAUGCAGAAGGCGAGAGAGAAGGGGAGGCGAACGCGGCGAUAUUGGGUCUCCGAGUCGGCCGCAAUGGGUAUCUUUUUACCACCAUUACUGAGGAUACCUUGACCGUCUGGCAAACAUCGCCAGUGGUCGUACUUGCAUCCAUUACCCGUUCAAUUCAAUCGCUAAAGAGCUACGGUCAAAAUGUUGCAGUUUUGUUACGACCCGAUUCAAGUGUCGCAAUCGUUCAAACGUCUCUUGGCUUUCUAGUGACAUACAGUAUUAUCACGGAUUCGGAUGCGAGGGUGUACCAGCAGAUCAGAGAAGAUGGACAUCAACGCCGCUACAGCAAUGCGAAUCGCAAUACAGUUGAAGAUGAAAAACGAGGCCUACCAGAAGUGAACAUACGCUUCAGAAUGGUCAUCAAAGUUGAUGCCGGAAUUGGUAAAGUCCUAGCUCUUGAUGAAGAGCUUGUUGUAGCUACGGAGAAACCAUCUGCAGUACAGUGCAUCAAGUGGACACCAGACACAACAGGUAGCCAAACGAGCACAGAGCUGAUAAGUCGGAUGUCAUGGAUACAGAAGAAGUCCAAUGUCACUGAGAUGGUCUAUGAUCGAGCUAUGAACCUUGCUGUGUGGAUCACUAACGACGGAAAGGCUUACGCCGUCCAGAGAACAUUGUCUGCGCCUAGGGAGGAGGGCAUGAGAAGGCUGUUUCGUGGAUAUGGUUUCCAUUCGCCGGAAACUCAAGACGGGAUGGCUACCAAAGUCGCGAUCAAUGCGCGUUUCUCCUUGCUCGCAGUUGCUUGUGCUCAUACCGAGAUCCUCGUCUACACAGCAAAAGACUACGUGGGAAAUAUUCCACUGUCACACAGACUUGAAAUCCCAGUCUCUAUAACGUCAAGCGGUCAUGUGACUUGUCUGAAUUUCUCCCCGGAUGGUUACUGUUUGUUCGCUGGAUAUGAAAAAGGCUGGGCGCUAUGGAGCGUUUACGGGAAGCUCCAGGCAAGUAGCUUCGCGGCUGACCUAAGGACCUCACACAGUAAUGAUGAAGGGUGGCUACAAGGCGCGCUAGAAGUUUCCUGGCUUGAUUCGGGGACUAAUAUACUGAUCACUCGGAAGGAUGAUAACCGCCUGUGGCUUAUGGAAAUGGCGAAAAGUGCUGUGACUGGUUGCUUUUGCUCAGCAAACAUCAAUCGGACAAUGCUUAUGACAAAGGCUAGCCUACUUAUCUAUCGUGGCUAUGACUUGCCAUCGUCAAGUACUAUUUCCGCAGAUGCUUCCCUAUGGCAUCAAGUACAGAUACCGUUGCCCUAUUUAUCACUACAACACCCCAUUCGAAGCGCUGUCAUCUCCUUUGACGGGCGUUAUAUUGCCGUGGCGGGUCGGCGAGGUCUCGUACACUAUAGCGUCAAUAGCGGCAGGUGGAAGACAUUCGGUGAUCAGAGACUCGAGGACUCUUUCAUUGUACGGGGUGGGAUGUGCUGGUAUCAGCAUGUUUUGAUUGUUGCGGCGGAAACUGAUGACUAUCAUGAGCUUCGGCUGUACUCACGGGAGCGUAGCCUGGACGAUCCACCGCUUCAUGUUGAACAGUUACCGUCCCAAGUGGUGACGAUGUCACUCACUGGACAAGACUCCCUUCUAGUCUAUACGUAUAAGAAUAUCCUCUACCAUUUCAUCAUCAACGCCUCUUCAACCAAUAUGGCUCUCGUGCAAGUUGGACAGAUCGCUUUGAAUGGCAUCGUCAGAGCUCCAGCCCGAGUACGAGCUGUCAGCUGGAUUCUACCUGAACACCAAAUACUGGAUCUAAUUGACGCAGGUGACGGAGAUCCUUCCCAGGAUGUUGCCUGUGCAUCUGUGGUUUUCCUAGUGGAUGCUAAACUGGUGCUGCUACAAUCAUCUACUAACGACGCCGGCGAGAUGAAGUACGAUAUGCGAGUGAUUGCCAAUAAUGUAGAGUAUUUCGAUCUUAUGAGAGACCAGCAAUUUUUCACGAGCCCCCUUCUAGAUCGUUACCAGACUCUCCUUCGGCAGAAAGCGCGCUAG